GAUGUGAGCGGAGCGGCCGCUUCCUGUUUCCUUACAGCUCCGCUCGCCCGCCCCGCGUUUUGGGUGGUGGCCGUUGCCUCAGCGCCGCGGUAACCGUUUCCCAGGGACUGGUUUCUCCCCGCUCCAUUCCCUCAAAAGAAGAAGGGAAGCGGAGGCGGCUGGGACUUCCCCUCACUCUCUUUCGCCUCAGGCCACGAAGCCUCGCGGAUCCCUCGGCGCCCAGCCCGGAGAGCCACAGGAACCGGCGACGAAACAGCCGCCCCGAUGCAGGCCAUCAAGUGUGUGGUGGUGGGAGACGGUGCUGUGGGUAAAACAUGCCUACUCAUCAGUUAUACAACCAAUGCAUUUCCUGGAGAAUAUAUACCCACUGUCUUCGACAACUAUUCUGCCAAUGUGAUGGUUGAUGGGAAACCAGUCAAUCUGGGCUUGUGGGAUACAGCUGGACAAGAGGAUUAUGACAGACUACGCCCCUUAUCCUAUCCACAAACAGAUGUGUUCUUAAUUUGCUUUUCCCUUGUGAGUCCUGCAUCCUUUGAAAAUGUCCGUGCAAAGUGGUAUCCAGAGGUGCGACAUCAUUGCCCCAACACUCCCAUCAUACUAGUGGGAACCAAACUCGAUCUCAGAGACGACAAAGACACUAUUGAAAAGCUCAAGGAGAAGAAACUGACCCCUAUCACCUACCCACAAGGCCUUGCUAUGGCAAAAGAGAUUGGUGCAGUAAAAUACCUAGAAUGCUCCGCACUUACACAGCGAGGUCUCAAGACAGUCUUUGAUGAAGCUAUUCGAGCGGUUCUCUGCCCCCCUCCUGUAAAGAAGAGGAAGAGAAAAUGUCUGCUGCUGUAAUGUUGCCCCCCCCCCCCACCCCCCUUGGAACCUUCUGUGCUUUGCUUGGAACAAUGGAGCAUUCACACCAAUGCCAAGUUCUUCUGUUUAAAAAUUAGUUCUCUACCAUCAAUUUUUUGAACCAAUCAUCAAUUUCACGAUCCCCUUCGUUUAAAAGGUUAGAUUCUUUUUUUCUUCUACUAAGAGAUCCUAAAAAAAAAAAAAAAAAAAAGACAAACCUAUAUAAAAGCCUUAUUUUUUCCAAGUCCUUUUGCUCAGAUUAAUCAAGUGUUGCCAAAUUAUCUGCUCAUUACUAUGUUGCAUUGUUGUGCUUUGUUAUAUGGAGCACAAAACCUGUUUUUUUAAGUCAAACAGGUGUCUUUAAAGAUACUAAUGUUUAUUAGGAAUCGCAAAACUUUAUAGGGUUUUUUUUCUUCCAGAUAGUGUAUCAGUAGGAAAACGCUGCUGUUUAAUACAUUCAUCCAACUGAUGGCCAUAACAUUCUCUCAUACCUGAACAAAUGCAAUAAUUGACAACAUACAGAUUCUACCCUUUUUUUUUUUAAAAAAAAAAAUGCUUUCCUGCUUAUUAAGGACUGUGAUUAAACCAUUUUCCUUGAAAUGUAUAUUGUCUUCCUUGACAGCAGUAUAUUCUUUUGGUGAAAGGUAUCUGGGUUGCUCAAGGGAAACUGCCCGACAGUAUUUUGACACUAAAGAUCAAUUUACACUACAUUGUGAACCAACUAGUUAAACUAAAUGGAUUUUUCUUUUGUUUAAUAAAAACAAAACCGUAAAAUGAAACCCUCUGUUGCAACUAAACAGUAGCUGACGAGGAGGUUGGUGUUUUUAUAGAUUACUUGUUUGCAUUUUCCAGUAGGGCAUUCAUUUUACUACAAUUUUGAACUGGUCAUUCCCUCACAUGUUCUUGCUAGAUGCUUUUCUUGUAGAAUCUCUUCCGCCUGAGCAAUAUAACCUGUAUUUUAAAAAAAUCUUUCUGAUUAUAUUUGCAUUUUUUUUUUUGUAGAGUAGAAUAUUCAAGCAUAGUUUCUCUUCGUUUCCCCCCUUUCUGCCCUAAUAAUGUACAUGCUUUUGAGAGGCUUUCUUUAGUCCUCAGGUGACUUGGUGUAAAAAUCAUGUGCAGCAGACAUACCAGUUCUAGUAUUUUUUUUUAUAUUUCACACCACCUUAAUGAACUUUCUCUAAUUGUCACCAUUUGCCAGGUAUCCUAAUGCUGUAACUUUACUAAUGCUGACAUUGCCCUUUUAACCUCACCGUGAACAUGUACCUCCUGUCGAUUGAUCUAGUAACGGUAAUUGGGUCUGUGAGGUUCUGUAACCUAGUGCUAACAAUGUUCCAUACAUCCCAGACGCUGGCAAGAACACAAGUGAACUACAACCUUUCAACUACUAGAACAAAAUAUAAACGGAGUUUGCAAGAUUGUGAAGUUUUUACAUUGAUCUUUUUGGUAAUGCGAUUUAGCAGUAUGUUUUGCAUGUAUGACUUAAUAAAUUUCUUGAAUCAC